CCCGGCUCAAACCUAAAGAUAUACGGAGCGGAUAGGAUUAGGGAAGAAAGAAAUACAUACAGUAAUUAUAAUGGCAGAGGCGUAAAUAAAUGGGAAAGCCGGCGCAAACAGCACAAUGUUCGGAGUGGAAACUGAGGGAUAGUAGCAGUAGCAGUAUAAAAUGUGUCAAACUGGAAGUGAUUCUCUACCACCCAAGAUCUGCUGGCUCCAGCUCCCUCUUUUCUCUCCCUUUCUCUAAAUCUCUUUACGUUUCCAGAAAUUCGAAAUUCAAAAUAUAAUAAUAAUCUUAAUAUCUAGAAAAAUCUGUAGCAAGCCCUAGAAAGAACGCCAAUCUCCCUCACACGGGUUUGCUGGGCGGAGAAAUUAAGCUUCUCUGAGCCGUAUGCAUGCAUUCAACGUUCAUCGUCACUCUCCAGGAAGUUCAAGUUUCUGCGCUGGGAAAGAUAGAAAGGGAGAAAAUGUCACUCUUGAUGCAUUUUGGUGAUCUUUUAACUUAGUUCAUUUGAUUAUUAAGCUGUAAGAUUUGUCUGGACCAACGUUCUGAGUUCUAUUAUUAUUACUCCCAAUACUGAGCCGUAAUAAUUCCAUCAUGGUUGCCACCGCUGCUACUGCUGCUUUUUUCCCUCUUGCCAACCUGCACUCUGAGCCUGGUGUUCAAACAUCUGGAAAGCUAGGAGGAACUGCACCUGUCAGCCUCAAUACACGGGGCAUCAACUCGAAAUCCUCUGCUUCUCGAAACAUAAAAGCAAAGGCCAAUGCACAAGCUCCUCCUAAGGUUAAUGGAACCAAAGUAGGUUUAGCGGAAGGCCUCAGAACCGAUGAUGAGUUUACCUCAUCACCUCACCCAAGGACAUUUAUCAAUCAGUUGCCUGACUGGAGCAUGCUCCUCGCUGCCAUUACAACUGUUUUCCUGGCUGCUGAAAAGCAAUGGAUGAUGCUUGACUGGAAACCGAAACGCUCUAACGAGCUUAUUGAUUCUUAUGGUUGGGGAAGAAUUGUCGAAGACGGAUUAGUUUUUCGUCAAAACUUCAGUAUAAGGUCCUAUGAAAUAGGGGCUGACAGGACUGCAUCGAUAGAAACAAUGAUGAACCACUUGCAGGAAACUGCUCUGAACCAUGUCAAGACUGCAGGACUCUUAGGGGAUGGUUUUGGUGCAACUCCAGAAAUGUGCAAGAAAAAUUUAAUUUGGGUUGUAAGUAGAAUGCAAGUUCUGGUGGAUCGUUAUCCUACUUGGGGUGAUGUUGUUCAAGUAGACACAUGGGUAGCUGCAUCAGGGAAGAACGGUAUGCGGCGUGAUUGGCUUCUACGCGAUAGCAGCACAGGGGACAUAUUAAUGCGAGCUUCCAGCAUGUGGGUGAUGAUGAAUAAGGAGACAAGAAGAUUGUCAAAAAUGCCAGAUGAGGUUCGAGCUGAAAUUGGAAGUUAUUUUGUUGAUACACCACCUAUUAUCGAUGAUGACAGCAGGAAGUUGCCGAAGCUCAAUGAUGAGACAGCAGACUACAUCCGUAGUGGAUUGUCCCCUAGGUGGCACGAUUUAGAUGUGAAUCAGCAUGUUAAUAAUGUUAAGUACAUUGGCUGGAUUCUUGAGAGUGCUCCCUUGCCCAUCUUGGAGAGUCAUGAGUUAUCAGCAAUGACUUUGGAGUACCGGAGGGAGUGUACGAGAGACAGUGUGCUCCAAUCCCUCACCUCAGUUGUGGGUAAUAAUAUUGGGGAUUUGGCUACCUCUGGAUCUGUUGAGUGCCAGCAUUUGCUCCGCCUCGAAGGUGGUGCUGAAAUUGUCAAGGGAAGGACUGAGUGGAGGCCCAAGAUUGCGAACAAUUUCAGGAGCGUUAGUCCUCUCCCAUCACACAGCGUUUAGCCCCCAUACAUCCUCACAUCAUCACAACAUACCAUCUCGACUAUCCAUAUGAUUCUCUUUUUACCCCCCUCUCUAUAUAUAUGCACACACAUAUGUACAUAUAUGUGUGUGUACAUAUAUGAAUAUAUAUUAUUCUUUAUUUGUGCCUGCGUUUUGGUUUAUGAUUUUCCUGUGGUCCUGUUAUACAGAAAAGAAGCGCUGUAAGUAGGCUGUUGUCCUCCUAGAACUCCCCUGCCGGGCUACCCCCACUCUCUCCCCUUGUGUGACAAUCCAUCAUGGAAUUCCUGUUGCCAUUUAUGAAUGUUGUUACCAGAGCCAGCUGGUCAAAUCUCAUUUCUGUAUAUCUCUACAUAUAUCCCCUUCGUUAUGGUUGCGUACUUCAUUAUAUACAUGGUAGUGAUAUGCAUUUAGAGUGAUCCAAAUGGUGUAAAUGUGUAAUUCUCUGGCGUCUUAAAAGUCCGAGUCUGAAGAUUUGCUCGAGAGAACUUUGGCAUGGACUGUGGACUGCAGAGCUUUGCCCUUUUCUUUGGUGUUAUAUGGCACUUGAUGAAUUGGUUUGUGCAUAGCUAGGAAAGUUAUUGUCAUAACUUAGUUAUGACUUAUGAGAUGUCUUCAUUUGUUAAUUUUCGCCGACUCGCCGUUUGUGUUGUAUAGUUCUUUUUUUUGCGCAAUUUAUUAGACAUAAAUUUGUGUUCUUUUGUUUUGUUUAUCUAUUCAAUGUUUUAUCAGUCCUGCCGUCCUGGUACAAAACAAUCAUCUCAUAUGCUCAUGUUUUAUUCAAUAGACGAUCAAUCCUAAUUCCUUCAAUAUGCUCAUGUUUUUUGUGA